CCCCCCUUUAAUCAGCUGUGAUUUUUAGGUUAUGUUAUUUGUUAUCGUAAUUGUUAAGGCGCCCGCAAAAAAAUGCUCCGAAGUUUACGUCAAAUAUCUCGGUUAAGGCGAUGUUUAUCCGCCCCUGUUCCAGGCAGCAGUUUGGCCAAUAUAACCUCAUCCACACCAGAAGUUUGUGUAAGACUUCAGGCUCCUCUACAUACCAGCAGCUCCGCAUGGAAAUAUGAUAAAAAAUCGUCUAGGGCGGCGGAAGAUCUGGACAGCGACGAUGAUGAAGAUGAGGAUUUCAAAGAUGAGCGCGACUCCAAGGUGGUAAAGACCAAGGUGAACUCACUGCGGGCAGACUUGCUGUUAAAAGCAGGUCUGGGAAUGGCCAGAAACAAAGUGGAACUAAAUUUUUAUGAAAGCAAGAUACGGGUCAAUGGAAAAAAGCUUCAAAAGAAAAGCGCUCAGCUUGAUGUCGGCGAUGAAAUCGAUGUGAUCAGAGGCUUCAGUCAGUCAAAUCCUUCCCAUUUGGUAGUGGCUCGUGUGGCUAUCCUUUCUGCCAGCGAACGGGAGGAGGGGCUCAGCGUCCACCUGCGGCGCUACAAAUCGCUCCUGGUAGAAAACUAUCGCGGAGCCAACGCCUUUAAGUCCUCGGAACAUGUUCCUCACUAAUCCAAGGUUUUAGAUUAAUUUUAUUUCCAAUUUGGAUUGUAUGGAAAAUAGUCUUCAAAGUAAUAAUUUUCUUUCCAAGAAAGAUAAUUUUUAAUGAGAGAACUAAUUUAAAGAAAAUUGGAAGUGAAAAAAUGUAGUUUUUUGCAAAAGGGGUGUUAAUGUAGUAAGAGGGUACCACCCUGGCCACUGUUUUUACUCCAACAAAUAAAACAAUUAUUUCCUUUU